AUAUGGCAAGAUUCCACAUUUUUCUCGUUUUGUUUCUGAUGUUUGGUCUUCAAGCCUCAUGCAAGGAUUGCAGAACUCAUUCAUGCUUGAGAAAGCUGUACAAUUCAAAAGUUGUCCGUGCAGAGUACUGGAUAAGAUCUUUGAGUGGGUCGGGAAGUUCCGGCAGCUCGGGACCAUCAAGUGGAGGUCGUGGUUGGUGGUCGUCGAGGAAGCGCAGCUUUGACUAUAACUAUCAUUUCCGCCACACAGGAGCCGUCGUUACUCUAAAGAACAGAGAGCGAUGGCUGAUUCACAAGGGAUCAGAUUAUGGUGAUGCAUAUGAUACUGUCAUUACUGAUGCUAAUUACAUGUCCUCAAGGGUUUGUGUAAUUUACAGAUGGAAUCGGCGUCAAAGUUGGUGGGUCGCCAGAUGUGGAUACACAGUCAACACGUUUAUGCAGAAUGCCCUGAUAUCAAGACCAUACAAACUGGUUGGGGCUAGCUGUCAGACGGCAGCAAACAGCAUGUGGAGACUGGUGGAGAGGUGUAACAACUGA